CGUCGGGAUUGCUGCAGCAGCAGCCGAACAGUGAUGCCGUUGAAGUGUCGACUCUCCGCGCUCUUCGCUGAGCCGCGGCAGUCUUCCGCAUGAUGAGGGGAGGGGUGCGCGCCUUCACCCAGGGCGACAUCGCCACCUUAUGCCGGGCUGAUGAUUUAUGGUAGAGUAAGUAGCAGGAUACAACUUGAGACCGCUAGACUGUCCACUAUUCACUGGACAGUUGAAGCUCUUCAGCCUUCCUCUCGAGUCGACCAUGGAGCGAAGACGGAUGUCAAGCCUAGCCAAUGAGCUCUUGCACACGACACGAGCAUUACGCGUCAAGCAUGUCAGAUAUAAUAGGCGUUGGCAGACGAAUAUACCUCCUACGACAUCCUCAUUGCCCGCUUCGCACUUCUGGACAACUGGUCGUGUCCUCCUCAUUACAGCAUUUACUGGCACACUGACCUACCUUUACGGCGUAAGCGAUUUCUCAUCGCACACUGCCCGAAAUCCCAAACCACUCCCUAAGCCGUCGUAUGCCUCCAAGCUUGAAUUAGAAAAAGCGAUUGUUGAGCUCCGCGAUGAAUUCGGUGAGGAUGCCAUCUCCAUUGACGACGAGGAUCUCCGCAAGCAUGGCUACAGCGAGUGGAGCAGUAUCAACAUCGAGACAUUGCCAGUCGCUGUAGCGUACCCGAAGUCGACCGAAGAGGUCAGUCAAAUAGCCAAAGUCUGCUAUCAGCACAAGAUCCCAGUGAUACCGUACUCAGGCGGUUCGUCCUUAGAAGCUAACUUCUCCGCGCCUUUUGGUGGCGUAAGCGUGGACUUUUGCUUUAUGGACAAGAUCCUGGAAUUGAGACCUGAUGACAUGGAUGUUACACUGCAGCCUGCCGUUGGCUGGAUGAGCUUGAACGACCAGAUCAAGGACUCUGGUCUGUUCUUCCCAGUCGAUCCCGGACCAAGUGCUAUGAUAGGCGGUAUGGUCGGGACGUCUUGCUCUGGCACGAAUGCCGUACGGUACGGCACUAUGCGGGAUUGGGUCGUCAAUCUUACUGUAGUGCUCGCGGAUGGGACCGUAAUCAAAACGAAGCGACGGCCUAGGAAAAGCGCAGCGGGCUAUAACCUCACCGGGCUAUUUGUUGGAUCCGAGGGUACCCUUGGCCUCGUGACCGAGAUCACGCUUAAGCUGGCCGUCGUUCCUCAACACACUUCAGUAGCCGUCGCAGACUUCCCGACCUUCCGCGCAGCAGCGGCGACGGCGAUGUCAGUAGUGCGUUCCGGCAUCCCGAUCGCAGCCAUAGAGAUCAUGGAUGAUGUGCAAAUGGGGGUCGUCAAUAAGGCAGGCGGCACCAAGCGUACGUGGAAGGAGGUGCCCACUCUGUUCUUCAAGUUCUCUGGUACUCCAGCUGCAGUGCAAGAGCACAUCCAACAGGUCAAAGAUCUCGCGAAGCAGCAAGGAGGUGGUGAGUUUCAGUUUGCCGCCAACGCCGAGGAGCAGAAGGCGCUGUGGUCUGCUCGUAAGGAAGCUCUGUGGUCAAUGAUGGCUCUGCGGCGAGAAGGUGAUGAAGUAUGGAGCACUGAUGCCGCAGUCCCACUGUCACGGCUGGCCGAUAUUGUAGAGAUUUCUAAGAAAGAACUCGACGACCUUGGAUUGUUUGCAAGCGCGCUUGGUCAUGUCGGCGACGGCAACUUUCACACGAGCAUAAUGUAUGACCGGAACAACCCUGAGGAGCGGAAGAAAGUAGAGGAUUGCGUACACCGAAUGGUAGAUAGAGCGCUUGAGAUGGAAGGGACAUGUACUGGCGAACAUGGUAUUGGCCUUGGCAAGAAGGGCUCGCUUUUGCAAGAAUUGGGUGUCGAUACGAUUGACGUGAUGCGCAAGCUGAAAGCAUCAGUGGACCCGUAUUGGAUCAUGAACCCCGGGAAGGUGUUUGACCUGCCAGGCACCGGCUGACCCUCACAUGUUGUUGCUAUACCCUGCUUAGCGUCAGAACAUGUCGUAGGCCUCUGUCGAGGUCGGAAAGAACUCCUGAUCCGACUCCGGCUCCUGGAACACCCGCUGCUGGCUAUCUACGCCAAGAACAUUCGAAGCUGAGGCGACAUGUUCGGCGCCAGCGACUUGUCGUGUAUCCUCUCUGCAAUCCGGCUUUGGAGAGCAUUGGAGGGUCGGCAGCUUACCUGGCUGAGCGGCUGCGAGUUCCCAUCUGCCGGCUGUUCGCUUGACUUGGC